AUGCUAACAAGAAACAAGCAUGAUAGUGUUAGCACGAUUUAUGUUCAUAUUUCAGCAUCCUUGAUAUUAGGAAAGCCAAUCAAAUCAAAACGCAUUCACAAAAUGUUUUCUUUGGAGUUGAGUUUCUUUGAUUCUGUAUUGACUUUGUUUUGUGGGUUACUUGCAUUUACAAUAUGCAAAGGAGUAUAUUUUCUGAAAGCCAGAAGAGAAAAGUUUUUAAGACUUGCCGAGGAUGUGAAAAGCCCUGCAAUGCAUUGGUUAUAUGGUCAUCUGAAUAAAUUUUCGGCUUCGGAAGAAGGUUUAUUGAAUUCUGCGAAGAGGGCAAUUACGUUUCCAAAAAUGAGUAUGAUGUGGUUCGGACCUUUCGAAGCAUCGCUAGAAUGUUAUCACCCAGAUACUGUUGAGCCGCUUCUUUCUCAUAAUAUUCCAAAAGCAACAAUUGCGUAUAAAUUUCUCCGACCAUGGAUCGGCAAUAGUAUAUUGAUGGCUGAAGGUGACGAAUGGAAGAGAAAAAGAAGAUUAUUGGCUCCUGCAUUCAGUACUAAAGCGAUUGAAUCAUAUAUUCCAGUUUUCAAUGAAACUUUAAAUAUCAUGAUCAAAAAAUGGAAAAAUCAAGAUGGCACCUUGAAAGUUGAUGACACUGUCAACUUAAUGGCAUUGGACGCAGUUUUACGUUGUUGCAUGUCACGCAACAUGGAUCCCCAACACGAGAGCAAAGAAUCAAAAGAAUUCGUUGACGCUAUCAGAAGCCUGAACUUUAUGAUAAUACAACGAAUUAUGAGACCUUAUCUGUGGAAUGACCAGUUAUUUCGAUGCAGUGGGAUGGGGGAGAAAUUUUAUCGAGCAUGCGACAUUGUUCACAAGGAAUCGGAAUACAUAAUACAAAUGAAGCGGGCUGAUUUGGAGCAAAACAAUAAUAACAACAAUGAAAGUGAUUCCAAGCGCUUCAGAGAUUUUUUGGAUUUAUUACUUGCCGGAAAAGAUGAGCACGGGGAACAACUUACGGAUGAAGAAAUAAGGGCAGAAGUUGACACUUUCGUAUUCGCGGGGCAUGAUACUACAUCAAGCGCAAUUUCAUGGACAUUGUACUGUUUAGCAAGGAAUCCUAAAUAUCAGCAAAGAUGUUACGACGAACUUAUGGAAAAUCUGACUGAACACAGCUUCGUAUAUUGGUCAGACCUCGAUAACAUCCCUUUUGUUAAACAAUGCAUAUUGGAAGCAUUGAGACUAUAUCCUCCAAUAACCGGAGUGGGGCGUUGCCCGCAUCAACCAAUAACUAUACAGAACAAAACUGUUCCAGAGAACAAUAACAUAAACAUCAGAAUAUUUGAUUUGCAUAGACAUCCUGGAAUUUGGCAAGAUCCAGAGGUAUAUGAUCCUGAACGGUUUUCAAAAGAAGAAAACGAACAGAGGUGUAAAUACGCAUUUAUUCCCUUUUCCUUGGGACGGAGAAAUUGCAUCGGACAACGAUUCGCCAUUACUCUAGCAACUGUUGCUAUCGCGAAGGUGUUAGUCAGAUACGAAUUGUAUGUCGAUGACGACACGCCAAAAGCAGUCAUGGAUCCCGGUGUCAUACUUCGGUCAAAAAACGGAAUCUUUGUAAAGAUACGAGCACGAAAGACUGAAGCGAUCGAAAAUUAAAGUGUCUUUUUUAUUAUUGAAAUGUAUGAAUAUUAACAAUAGAAAAAUACUAAUUACAUUCCAAAAUAUAAUGCAAAUGCUAACGAGUUGCUUGAAUCUUGGAAAUAAAAAAGAAUCGGAGUUGCAGCUGACUAGAACAAUGCAGUGCCGUACACUGCUGACCGCGUGAGUAAGCCUUACGUUUCUAGGAAGUUCAGCAGAUUGUAGAAAAUUAUGUCAAAGAUACCAAUAUGUUAAAAUACACCAACUGGAAGGAUGUUUACAAGCAAUGAAGCAAAGUUUCUCUUUAUUUACUUGCGUAUUUCUUUUAUCAAUAUCUGGGCCGCUUUUUCGAUGACAUUCACUAGUCAACAUUACCUAUUCUAGAUUUUUAGUGGAGAGAAGAAUGACCCGAAUACACCUUGAAACUGGUAUUCACAUUUUUAGACAUCGUUGGUCUCACGAAUCACUUUCGAAAUAGGGUAACUUUAACACAAAUUUGUUGAAGACUUGUAACAAUGACUUAAAUGUAACAAAACUCCUUGUUUUGCGAUAUAAUUUUGUAUUUUCGGAAACGGGGGGUCGUAAAAAAUAAAAUCUAAUUAAUCGAAAAUGAUGUUUUAACAUCUAACGCAUCUCUGUACACAUCCUUUUUUCAAGAGAACUCGUAGGCCACGAAAAAUCCUUUAAUUUAAAAUAAAGCAUGUUUCACGACUGUAUUCCAAAAAUUCAAAAUUGUUGCAAUCAGGUGAUCGGAAAAUCCCCAGUUGGCACCAAUAAUAAUAUUAUUAUACGCUAACUAGAUAAGUAAAUUUGUAAAGCGCAAAAAUGAUGCAAUAACUCCGCCUUCGCGUUCUGAUUAUGCAUGCUGAAAUUAUGGUGUUUGAUGUCUGCCGCUUUUGCGGAUUCAUUACGAGAAAACUCUCGUCACUGCUUAAUAAUCCAAAAUACAAAAAUUGACGCACGGCGCCAAAGAGGAGGAAACUAAAUCCUGUUAUCGGAUCCUUUCGGAAUCGAAUACUUUGAAAUUCGGUAUUCUAAAAACUGAAUUGCCCAACCAUAGUUGAAGUGACAUUGUAACAUUCCUUACCCCCAUUUAGUGCUCAAUUUUAACAGAAAAAAUCACUGUUUAAUCGGAGGUGUGCGACCUCUCAAUUCACAGUUCUCAACACUACAUCCAUCACGAUUCCCAUCAGAAGACAGUUGUUCUUGUAUGGUAUUAACAACUCAAUUUUUUUUUAGAGUAAUCUCGUCUUGGAUGAAAUAUGAAAUUCAUGUUCGCAUGUAUACAUUUGGUUGAGAAGGGUCAUUUCGUCAUAUACGUCACCAAUAGUUAAUUAUUUGAUAUACAUACAAAUGUUAAAUUAACGUUUCCCUAUUGGCCCGCAGAUCGCAUAACCAUGAACUUGAUACAU